AUGUUUACGUUUGGUAUAUUUCUCCUGAUAAAUCAAGUUAAGUCAGCUGAAUACGAAUUACCUGAUGAACCAACUUCUAUUGAACACGGUUUUAUCAAUUUGCUAUCGGCUGUGAACAAAUUUCCUUGGGAAAUACAUUAUGAUGGGGAUGCUGAUAUGAUUUGUUCAGAUGAGGUAGAUCAUAGUGUAUCUAGUGACCGUUCUCUCAUUACGAUCACAAUCAAAAGAUGCAAUGUCAUUCAAACAAUCAUGUCACAAUGGACACUCUCUGAGGAAUCUGAUUCUUUUAGCAGAAAAUUGAUCGAUAUUACUAAACAGGGAAUUGUUACGUUGUCAUUGAAACCUGAUGAGAUUGCUAGAGAAGCCAUCACAUUAGAAUUACAGUCGUGCUGCUCCACUAUGUACUAUGCUACAUUUCAAUUUACUUCAGGAAUACACAGUGCUGAUUUACUCAAAAGAGAUGAUCCAAAAUACAAAUCAACGAUCCAGUACAUAGUAACUAGCACUCCCAGAAAGAUACCUAAUGUGAGAUUAAUGAAUCAAAUUGCAGUGAAAGCAACUAGUUCACAUAAUAAAGCAAUUGCAUUGAAUUUUGGUAGGAGGCAUAAGCACACUAUAUCAACAUAUACUGAAACAGAAUUGGCAGAAUUGGAAGAUGUCAAGCAGGGAAUACUCACAAAUUAUUUUGGAAUACGCAGGAAUAUUCUAGAAAUUGUGGACAGAUACACACUGCUAUCUCUAGUACCCUUUAUUAAGACAGUGAAACAGAUUUCCACAAUAUACAAAGAAGAGCAAUUGUUUAAUAAUCUAACAGAAUAUAAAGGGUGUGAAGAAAUGCCUGAAAUAUUCAAAACACUUGAAAUGGCACCAUUUGCAAAAGCAGCGUAUUUUGUACAAAAGCAUCAAUCAGAAAAUACUGAUUUAUCACUGGAUCAUGAAGGUAGGACUAUUAUAUGUACGAUACGCGAUUUUCUGAAUAUUGAUCAACAAAGCGUAUUAAUAGCUCGUACUUCAGGUGAUAAACACAUUGGAUUUAUUCUGGUAAAGAAAUCACCUGAUACAGUGGUUUUAUCAUUUAAGGGCACUGGUAAAAUGGAUGAAAUAGCGAAUGAUUUGAACUAUCACUACAGUAAGGCAUUGUUCGGUGAUUUUGUUACACAUAAGGGAUUUAAUGAUUAUUUGCGUGUUUGGUACAGCACACGUUUUGCAGAAAUAGAAGAUGUUGUUAAGAACUACAAAAACCUAAUUAUCACAGGGCACUCAUUAGGUGGAUCAUUGGCUCAACUAAGCUAUAUGUUGAUAAAGACUAAGGGAUUGUUGAGUGACAUCAAUGUUAGUUGUGUAGCAUUUAGCCCAGCACCAACAAUCAGUUAUAUUGGCGGUGCAUUCAGCAAUGAUGAUAAAAUGAUAUCAUGGGUUUAUGAAAAUGAUGUAGUACCACAGGCAAGUAGAGGAUCAGCUAUAUUUUUAAAACUAUGUGUUGAUAUGUUUAGUAGGACAGAGAAUGCAUCAACCCUACUACUAAAAUGCAGAAAUAUCAGAUACAAGUGUUAUGCAGAGAUAGAACCAUUAUAUCAUCCUGGUCAAGUAUUUCAUAUGAUUGAUAAUGAUGGUGUUUUUAAGGCAAAAUCAAUACAACCGGAAGAGUUGAUUGAAAUCAAGUUACUUCCUAGUUCCAUUAGAGAUCAUAAAAUAGGCAAUUUCUUAUCAACAACAACAAGAUUGUGA